AGUUUUACAUUUAUUGCAAAAUCGGCGCUUGAGUUUUGGCGCCAUUUACUUGCACGGGAAUCAUGGGAAUUGUAGUUUUUCACCAGGGAUUUCCGCUGUGAAACACGAUUACUUAAAAAUAAAGUCGACAUAAUGCGGGAUGGUGACUUCAUCAGAAGCACACAGCAUCGAUUAACAUCCUCUUUGCUCACAGUUACUCUGUCUUUAAUGGUUUAUAAGAUAUCGCUCAGAAUCAAUUCCCCUAUGGAGAAAAUGAAUAGGGCAUUAACUUCCGGUCGGAACCCGACAGGGACACAACCGGAAGUGGUUCCUGUGAGGGAAAGAAUCUACGAGUGUGUGAUCUCUCGCUUUGCCAAUAAUCUCGGGCACACUAUGUUCAACCAGAAAUAACCACCAGAUUACAGCAUGAUUUCGAGAACGUAAACAUAUUACUGUAACAGUAAUGGACUUCAUUCAUAGGCGUUUGCACAGCUAGUGUAAACAAAUGCAGAAACGCGAGGUCAACAACGCUGCAAUUCAACACCAGCGACCGCUGGAGAAACACGAGACCCUCUGACACAAACAAAAGAUCCCAACAAACGCGUUUACAAUGAGCAAAACAAUAGAGAGCCGACCGAAUGAGAUGAGCUAACACGAAUAGCCUCGUCCUGCUACAAACACAGCCCUCUCUAUAUGAGUUAAUGCGCACUGCCGAGAGUUUCAGGCGAGUUUAAGGUUGUUUAUCAUGACUUUACUACCGAGGAUUGUGAAAUGGGUCGAGAGAGGCGCUUCCUCGAUGUACUUUCACUCUCGCUGCAGCGCUAACAUGAGCUCUAAUGAGCGCAGGCUGCGAGUGCUGGUGGAUAUGGACGGAGUGAUCGCGGACUUCGAGGGAGGAUUCUUACAGAAGUACAAGGAGAAUUUUCCAAACGAGCCUUUUAUAUCUUUAGAGGACAGAAGAGGAUUCUGGGUGUCCACGCAGUAUGGAGACAUGAGGAGUGACCUGUGUGAAAAGGCCAUCAGCAUUUGGGAGUCCAAAAACUUCUUCAUUGACCUGGAGCCUCUUCCCGGAGGAGUGGAGGCGGUGAAGGAGAUGUCCGAGAUGGAGAAUACAGAUGUCUUCAUUUGCACCAGUCCAAUAAAGCAUUACAGCUACUGUCCGUAUGAAAAGUAUGCCUGGGUAGAGAAACAUCUGGGCUCCGAGUUCCUGGAGCAGAUCAUCUUGACCAGAGACAAGACCAUAGUGACCGGAGACAUCCUCAUCGAUGACAAACCUGAUAUCCUGGGUGUGGAGCCCAAUCCGUCCUGGGAGCAUGUCCUGUUCACUGCCUGCCACAACAAGCACCUGCCGCCAAACCUGUCCCAGAGACGCCUUCUGUCCUGGGCCGACGACUGGAGGGGAGUGCUGCAGAGCAAGCGGCAGUAAAACAGCAUGAUUUGUGCUUGGAUGGGUAAUGGAUCCUGUAUCAGCCCUUAUAUUCAGUAUACUGUAAAUCGAUUAUGCAGGUCACAGGAGGGCAAAAACAGUAGUGUUUUCUAACUGCGAAACAGAUUCAGUCUUUAAUGCGAGACUUUUAGCAUCAUUUUAUUGUUUAUUAUGCUUCUACCGAGGGCUUGAAAUCCAUAGUUUACAUCGAGCAUAAACUGCCUUCCACCUCAGUCUCUAAUGGGAUCUUUGUAGAAAUGUUUAAAUGCGGUUUGUGCACAUAUGCACGUGCAAACAUAAGCAUGCAAUUGUCCAAAUCACUAUGAUUUUCCACUGGCUUUCUCAUUCUGAUGGGAGUAUGUCGACAUAUUUAAUUUAUUAUGAUAGUUUUAAUUCAGGGAGAACACGGUACUUGACAGAACAAGACGUGGGUUUUUUUUAUGUCAUAGGAGUCACUAAACAAAGCCAGAGCACUGCAUGUUGAGCUCAUCUACUGUGUGUUUUUGGACACUAGAGGACGCUGUGAGCACAUGUACUUAUUAGUUGCUUUUUAAUCAGAGCGUCAUUUCGGUUCAUACUUUAUUAUUAGUUUGGAAUGAAUCUUUUAAUAAACUUUUUUUAUGCCUUGA